CGGCGGUUUUGUCAUCGCUCUCGAGAACAUCCCGUUUCUUCACAGCAACAACCACCCUCGCUAGAAGUCUGCUCUGAAAACACACCGAAGUGGGGUCAGAGCAAUUGUCAUUCGCACGAGAGUGCCACCGAAUCGAAAAAGACUAUCCUCCAGACCCCGCAAUCAUGUCGAUGGACAUCGACACUGUCGCCCUCGAGCAGCGGCCGGCCACGAUGGCCACGGUGCUCUGCUACAAUUGCGGCGCACCGAUUGAUGGCACACAAGCUGCAGGAGCACUCUGCAAUGACUGUCUCAAGACGACAGUCGACAUCACAUCCAGCAUCGAGCGAGACGGCAUAUUACUCAUGUGCAGAGACUGCGACCGAUGGCACUCACCUCCAGCAACCUGGGUCGUCGCCGCGCCCGAAUCACGAGAACUGCUUGCACUAUGUCUACGGAAACUGCGAGGGCUACACAAGACGAGGAUCAUAGACGCGAGCUUCAUCUGGACAGAACCGCAUUCGAGACGUGUGAAGUUGAAGAUCACAGUACAGCAAGAGGCGAUGCAAGGCACAAUAUUGCAGCAGACAUUCGACGUGGAGUUCGUGCAAAAUUACAAGCAGUGUCCGGACUGCGCAAAGUCAUACACACACAACACAUGGAGAGCUGUCGUGCAGGUGCGGCAGAAGGUUCCUCAUAAGAGGACGUUCUUGUACCUCGAACAGUUGAUUCUCAAGCAAGGAGCGCACAGCAACACGAUCAACAUUAAGGAAGUACCGAAUGGAAUAGACUUCUUCUUUGCGGAGAGAAAUAGUGCGGAGAAGUUUGUGGAUUUCUUGCAAUCGGUUGUGCCGGUCACAACGAAGAAGGCGCAAGAGCUGAUUUCGAUGGAUACGCAUACGAGUGUGAAGAGUUACAAGUUUACAUUCUCUGUGAAUUUGGUGCCUAUUUGCAAGGAUGAUCUAGUUGCUCUCCCGCCGAAGCUCGCAAAAUCGAUUGGAAACAUUUCACCUUUGACACUGUGCUACCGCAUUGGCACGUCAGUCAACCUGCUGGACCCUAACACAUUACAAACUGCAGAUCUCAGCACACAGAUCUACUGGAGAGAACCUUUCGCGCCACUUGCAGACAACAAGGAGUUGAUAGAAUUUGUGGUGAUGGAUAUCGAGCCCACAGGACAACGAAACGGCCGUUUCGAGCUCGCAGAUGCCACAGUCGUGCGAGCGUCAGAUCUCGGCGUCAACGACAACCAAUAUCUUAUCCGCACACAUCUCGGCAGCAUUUUGAACGCAGGAGACAGCGCAAUGGGAUAUCUUCUCGCCGGAACACAAUUCAACAACCCCAACUGGGAAGCCCUCGAAGACUCAAAGAAAUACUCUGGCACGAUACCUGAUGUGAUACUGGUCAAGAAGCACUACGAACGCAAGCGAAAGAGCGGUAAGGGCCGAAACUGGAAGCUGAGAAGAAUGGCUCGUGAGGAGAGCGAGAUGAAACCUCGCAAGCAGGAUCAGGAUCGUGAUGAGAUUGAUUACGAGCAAUUCUUGCAGGAUCUCGAACAAGAUCCUGAGCUCAGAGGUAAUCUCAAUUUGUACAGGAAUACUCAAGCGGCCGCUGCGGCGAGUGAGAUGGAGACGGAUGAUGAGGAUGAUGAAGGGCUGCAAAUACCUAUGGACCAACUUAUUGAUGAGAUGGAGGAUAUGGGGAUGGAGGAUGCUAGCGAUGAUGAUGAUGAGUGAAGGAGUUUGGCUGGGGUUCGCUGGGAAAAAGGCAGCAUUACUGGAAUUCAUGUUCGGCGCUGGUGGGUGUUGUUCGUGUGGCAUGAAAGCAUGGCUGGAUGCUGUCUCUGGGCACUAUUGCCUCUCAUGUAGCAGAGUGAGUCUAGUCGUACAGUAGCAAACGACGACACGACUCGUGUCUAGGAGACUUGGCCACUCGCUGUGGUGUGUACGACCCCGCUCGUGCCGCUGUGUCUCUCUCCAGCCAAGCUCAG